UCGCAGGAUGGCUCCUGAGGUGAUCCUGGCCAUGGACGAGGGUCAGUACGAUGGGAAGGUAGACGUGUGGUCACUCGGCAUUACUUGCAUAGAACUGGCUGAAAGGAAGCCUCCUCUGUUCAAUAUGAAUGCGAUGAGUGCCUUAUACCACAUCGCCCAGAACGAGAGCCCCGUGCUGCAGUCGAAUCACUGGUCUGAUUAUUUCCGCAAUUUUGUGGACUCCUGUUUGCAGAAGCUCUCCCCGGAUAGACCUACCUCUGAUGUGCUUCUCAAGGUACAAGACCCCAAUGCAGUGUUCCCUCCCUAUAUCGCGGUUCUCCUUUC